GGGUGCUGCUGCCUGCUGCUGCUGCCACUCGCUCGGGCUGCUGCUGUGGCUGCUCCUGGCUGCUGCGCUCGGCUGCUGGAAAAGCUUCCUGCAGAUUGCUAGUUCCAGUGAGGAGAUGGAGCCAGGAGGACAGGAAAUGGGGCUCUGUUUGUGCAGGGUCUCUUGGGAUCUGAGGUUGGGAAACUGGACCACGGUACCAAGCACAGCCCACGCCAAGAGGAAAAGGGCUGGUCUGCCCCAUGUCAGAGAAAACUGCACAUCAGAGCCACUCAGAGUAGAGUGCCAACCAUUGAAGGACCCCUGGGUUGGAACCCUCCUCAGAGGUCUAACAACUCCACCAAGCCCUUCUUGGGCCAGCAGCUGCCAUCACCUGGGAACAACAGACUCCAGUACCAGGAAGCCUCCAGACCUUCAGCCUCAGACUAGGGCUGCAUCAUUGGUCCAGCCUAUAGGAAGUUGGUGAGGCUGGUGUGAGGAAUUUCAUCAGUGUGUGAUGCUUCCAGCUACUGGGACCUACAGCAUGCAGAUGGUCACUGUGGGACUCUUCUGUCUGCAGUUUUGUAAACCAAUCCAAUGAAUGUUUCCAUAAUCAUUUUAUAAUUCCAUAUAUAACAAUAUGUGGUGUGUAUUACC